CCUCCGGUCACGUGACGGCGGCGCAGGUGAGCUCCGCUUCCGGGGUCGGGCGCCCGGAUCGCGGCCGGCUCCGGCUUCCCUCGGGCGGGCGCGCGGGAGGCGAUGGCGUCCUCUUCGGUGCCGCCGGCCGCCGUCCCCGCGGCGCCGUCGGCCCCCGGGCCGGGCUUCGGCUUCGCCUCGAAAACCAAGAAGAAGCACUUCGUGCAGCAGAAGGUGAAGGUGUUCCGGGCGGCCGACCCGCUGGUGGGCGUGUUCCUGUGGGGCGUUUCCCACUCGAUCAACGAGCUGAGCCAGGUGCCGCCCCCAGUGAUGCUGCUGCCUGAUGACUUCAAAGCCAGCUCCAAGAUCAAGGUCAACAAUCACCUUUUCCACAGGGAAAAUCUGCCCAGUCAUUUUAAGUUCAAGGAGUACUGUCCUCAGGUCUUCAGGAACCUCCGUGAUCGAUUUGGCAUUGAUGACCAGGAUUACUUGGUUUCCCUUACCCGAAGCCCUCCAAAUGAAACUGAAGGCAGUGAUGGUCGCUUCCUUAUCUCCUAUGAUCGGACACUCGUCAUCAAGGAAGUUUCGAGUGAGGACAUUGCUGACAUGCAUAGCAACCUCUCCAACUAUCACCAGUAUAUCGUGAAGUGCCACGGCAGCACGCUGCUGCCCCAGUUCCUGGGCAUGUACCGAGUCAGUGUGGACAACGAAGACAGCUACAUGCUCGUCAUGCGCAACAUGUUCAGCCACCGCCUUCCCGUGCACAGGAAGUAUGACCUGAAGGGGUCCCUAGUUUCCCGGGAAGCCAGCGAUAAGGAGAAGGUGAAGGAGCUGCCCACGCUGAAGGACAUGGACUUCCUCAACAAGAACCAGAAGGUCUAUAUCGGGGAGGAGGAGAAGAAAGUCUUCCUGGAGAAGCUGAAGAGGGACGUGGAGUUCCUCGUGCAGCUGAAGAUCAUGGACUACAGCCUCCUCCUGGGCAUCCACGACAUCCUCCGGGGCUCGGAGCCGGAGGAGGAGGGGCCCCCGCGGGAGGAGGAGCCCGAGGGGGACGGCGACUCUGGCCUGGCCGGGCCCCCCGCCCUGGUGGGCUCCUACGGCACCUCCCCCGAGGGCAUUGGCGGCUACAUCCAUUCCCACCGGCCCCUGGGCCCCGGCGAGUUUGAGGCUUUCAUUGACGUCUACGCCAUCCGGAGCGCCGAGGGGGCCCCCCAGAAGGAGGUGUAUUUCAUGGGCCUCAUUGACAUCCUGACACAGUACGACGCCAAGAAGAAGGCCGCUCAUGCAGCCAAGACUGUCAAGCACGGGGCGGGGGCGGAGAUCUCUACGGUCCAUCCUGAGCAGUACGCCAAGCGCUUCUUGGACUUCAUCACCAACAUCUUUGCCUAGGAGACGCCUGGGCCCGCGGGGGCGGGGCUCCGAGAGGCCCGAGGGACCGAACCGAUUCCGGCCACUAUUACUUUCUUCCUCCUUUGCUAGUUCCGGCUGCGUGCCACUUCCAUCUCCCACUCCUCGGCUCCUCCUGGACCUCAGACGUGCAUCGUCCUUUCUCCCGUCUGUCUGUCCAGCUGGUACCCUGCCCCGCCCCACCCCACCCCCCAGUUUUGCUUGCCCUACUAGUGUUAGUGCUGCCUCUGUCCCAAGUGCCUUGAUCUUUGUAAAACGUCCUCUCGGUUGGAAGAGGAGCUGGGGGCAGGGAGUCAUUCGCCCCUGGCUGAUGGCUGAGCCUGCCUGCAGCCGCGACUCGGCGCGCACUGUGCUCUGAGUUUCGCCGAGAGCGUCCUAGACUCCAGUGCGGCGGGUGGGCUUCGGAACACUACAGACAGGGUGCAGGCACACGCCCGGGACGGGCCUCGGUUGGUCCCAUAUGCAGGGCGGCCGCGGGCAGAGUGGUCGGCAGAGCGGCACCUCGGGGAGAGGAGGCCUGAGAGACACGGGUGAUGAGGCAGCUGUUCGGAGAAGGUCCCUGCAGGUUCCGUUACCCCCACGCCCUCCCCUCUACUUCAGGCGCAGGGGCCCGGGGCUGGCCAGGGUGCUGGGGCCCUGAUGCAUGUGUUUGCUGCUGCCCGUCACUACCACGCCACGCCCAGCACAGCUGGCACCCUCCGUGGUCUGGGGGGCUUCCGGACGCAGAGUGGUGGGCCCAGGUUGGAUUUCCUCUCCCCCUGUCUAGCCCUCCCUGACACUUUCGUCCCGGCUGCAGGGAAUAGCUCUACCCGGUUCUACCCCGGGCAUUUCAGGAGAACGGAGAACGGAGGAGGUCUGGGGCGGGGGGGGGGGGGGGGAACCUCCUCUCCUCCCUGGAAGUGUGUGCCUGGCAUGCUCCCCUCCCCCUCCCCUUCUCAAACCCUUGCCCCAGUUGUGUUUGUUACUCCGUUCUCUUCUGUCCCGCCUUAGAUGGCUACUGUUCUCCGGGGACAGAUGGCCUUGUCAUCUCACUCUCCAUCCCCAGAGAGGAGUCGAGCCAUAACCCAGUCCUCCCGCCCCCUCCAGCAGCCCCCUCCAGCAGAGCUGCGUUGGAUUUAGCAUGCUACCCCCCCCCCUCCAGGAGAGGAGCCUGGGAUGGCGGGUCCCCUCCUCCCUUCCCGCCAAUGCCCUUGGGGCCAAGGCAGCCGUCCUUUUUGCUGCCUCCUAUUCCCUUGAGACUUCUCCAUGAUUUUCUGUUGGUUUGUUUGUGACAUAAAGAGCGGGACCAGCAAAUGACCAGUGGUGACGGUGACGCAGGGUUCUUGCCCUGUGUCUGGCCGGACUGAUCUGGCUCACAAGAAGGCUCGGGUCAGAGAGGGGAUUAUCCCUCUUCCUCUGUCUUCUACUCCAAACGUUUUUUUGAAGUAAAAGACAAGUCUCCAUAGAAGGCUUGAGCCCCACACACUAUCUCCCUGCCAGGGGCUUCCUGGGUCCUGUCCGUUCCAGCCAUACCUUUCCCCCUGUUGAAUGCAAUAAAACUCCACGACACCAGCAACCGUUCUUUAGACAUGGGUUUUUCUGACCAUGUGGCUGAUGUAUCAUGAGUGGUAUGGUCUUCCUCAUUCGUUGCUUCUGUUUUCAUCAUUUUUAUUUUAUUAAUAAAAACAAAGGAUGUUGUGUAUUUACUCCCAUUGCUGUCACUACAUAAAUAAAUUAUUGAAUUCACA